UUCAGUGCUUCUUCGCAUUGCUCUUAUAACGAGAACCCUAUUUAAAACUUCUCUCUCCCUCAAACUCACUCACUCUCUCUCCUUUUCUCUCUGUUAAUCCCACACAGAGAGAUCAGAGACAACAUGAGUCGCAAUGCCUUGUUCUUCCUAGGCUUCCUUUGCAUUGCGGUCGCCGGAGUCGGAGGCCAAUCUCCCGCUACCUCACCCACUGCCACACCAGCUCCUCCAACCCCCACUACUCCACCACCGGUCACCUCAUCCCCACCCCCAGCUGCCGCCUCACCUCCCCCAGCUGCUGCCUCACCACCACCAGUGACCGCAUCACCACCACCAGCCACUCCUCCUCCAGUCAGCGCACCCCCGCCGGCCACUCCACCUCCGGCCACCCCACCACCAGUCAGCGCUCCCCCUCCGGCCACUCCACCACCCGCAACUCCUCCUCCGGCUACUCCACCACCGGCCACUCCUCCCCCGGCAACUCCACCACCGGCCACCCCACCUCCGGCAACUCCUCCUCCGGCCACUCCACCUCCAGCUCCUCUUGCAUCGCCCCCAGCUCUUGUCCCAGCUCCAUCUCCCAAGGUGAAAUCUCCGGCUUUGGCUCCAACUCCUGCAGCUCUUUCGCCGGGCCCACCAGCGCCUCCUGUCGGAGCUCCUGGUCCCAGCAGCAUCGAGGCAUCCUCUCCGGGCCCUUCUCAGUCGUCUGAUCAGAGUGGAGUAGAGAAGAUGUGGACAAUGCAGAAGAUGGUUGGGAGCUUGUUGUUCGGAUGGGCUCUUCUCAGCUUGAUGCUUUAGAUCGAUCAUGGAGAUAUCUCUUUGCAUCUCCAAGAGUUUUCUUUUUGGAUUCAUUCUCUCUCUGUCGGUUUUUACAUUUAAUUAUAUGAUAUGUUAAUUUCCACUUGCCACUUUAGCCCAUUUGUAUCUAAAUGGGAUUUGAUCGCCAUCACUUGUAUUUGAACUAUAUACAUUCUGUUGAAUUCUUUGGGAGGUUUUUGAGGGGGAGCUUUGUAUUGUGACCAUGGAGGGAGGGAAAGUUGUUUUGUACUGGAUUAUCCAUCGGUAGUUACCUAUUACUAUAUAUUUCUCUUAGUAAUUCCUUGCUUUCA